GCAAAUAUGCAUCAACCUAUCGGAGUCCAACUGGUGUCACCCUUCCACCCUGCGCCGCCUUCACCCACAUUAUCUCCACCAACACAACCUAUUGUAUUCAAUAACUGGGGUAAUCUGGUUCAGUUACCUUGCCCGCAUACACAACCCGUAGGUCCCCUUUCUCAGUCACCAAACAUGUAUUCACCACUGUCUCAACCUCAGCGGUGUUAUACGUACGGUCAGAAUAGCCCUUGGAUGUCUUUUGAAAAUAUGUCUCAGCCACCUACAAAUCAAUACCCACUAAAUCCGUCCUUUUCAUAUAAUCCGAGCGCAGUUCAAGAGGAUUCCAAUCUCUUCAUAUUCCAUCUUCCAGCCACAUUGGAUGAAAUUGGCCUUGAAGCACUGUUUCGGCCAUUCGGAACAAUAGUAAGCACUAAAGUAUUUAGACAUCAUAAAAUUGGAGAAAGUAUGGGUUUUGGAUUCGUGGCAUUCGAUAAUUCUUCCAGCGCACAAUUAGCCAUUAAGUGUAUGAAUGGCUUUCCAAUUGUCAACAAGAGACUCUUCGUUAAUCUCAAGAAGUCGAAAGUGGAGCCUCCAAUUGACGACCAAAAUUAA